GGCUUCCUAAAGCGGUCUUAGCCCUCGAAAGAUCAAUAUGCAGACGCUUAUGCUGCCGGCGACUUGCUCCGGCGCCGCACCACCACCACGACGCCCGCUGCGCACGGAGGCGCAAUUCAAAUCGCUAUGGGUUAAUUCAGUUCGUCCGUUUACAAGCAUCAGCAGCGCCAAUGAUCCUCCCUAUUCAUCCCUUUCUCCAUCCAAACUCCUCACAUUAUCCUCGCCCUACGUAUUUCUCAACAAUCGCCGCCAAAAAAACCUAGCUCCUUGCCGCAUUUCCGCUUCCAACAGUUCUCCGAGUGACGCGUCUGAGAAGGCCAAACUUGCUCAGGUUGCAAGGAGAUUAGAAAAUACUUCGAGGAAUUUCAAAAGAUUGGGGAGUUUUGGAUUUUGGGGCCAGUUGGUUUGCACUGUUGUUGCAGCUGUUAUCCUUUCUUUUUCCAUCAUCAUAACCGGGAAGAUCACGUCCCCUGCUACCUUUUAUGCAACUGCUGGCGGCAUUGCAGCUGCUUUUGUAUCUGUUUUCUGGUCAUUUGGCCACAUCCGGUUGGCUGACAAGCUCCGGAGAACUGCCAGUGAUCCUUCAAAGGCACCUCCUCGUGCAGAAGUUGUAAAAAGCCUAAAAAAUGGUAUCGUUGUAAAUCUGUUGGGCAUGGGUUCUGCUAUACUCGGUAUGCAAGCAACCGUGGGGUUGUUGGUGGCCAAGGCGCUGACGACUUCAGCAACUCCUUAUUAUCAAGGCAUGCCUCCCGGGAAUAGUCCUGUUCUCGCCCUAGAUGUGUUUCUUGUGCAGGCAUCUGCAAACACGAUACUUUCGCACUUCUUAGGGCUGGCGUGCUCGUUGGAGCUGCUACGAUCAGUUACAUUGCCGUCAACGGAAGGCAGCGUCGCUGCUGUUCCCAAGCUUGCAUGACCUUCUAUAUAGCAUUUUGAUGAGCCAUCUGAAUUAUUGGAAUUUCAUUUCUUUAAAAUUGUAUUAAGAAGCUAUACCCUUUGAUCCUUUUUGUCCGAAUGUAGAAACUGUCGUGGCUUGUUUUGUGUCGGAGACCAUUCAAAAUGCCCAGAAAUCCAUAGGUUCUUACAUUGCUGUGAA